AGUUAUUCUUACGAAAUCCAAAUUUAGAUGAAUUUCCGCAAAACAAAAAAAUAAGCAUGGUUGGUGGUUCUGAUCUCCAAUGCCCAACCUCUCAAACUGACGGCUGUACUAGUUGUAAACGUACUUUGUCCCCGCGAUCAAUGAGCCUUUCUUUACCCGGACUCCUUUACAUUAGCUGCAACCUUUGGAUCUCUGGUGUUUUUAAGGGCUCUGAUCUCAGCCGAAUACAAAUCGGGGCUUGCAUUUAUUCGGAUGAUAAGACAAGAGAUUAACGAUUCUGUAAUCAAAUAAGCGAAGUCGAGUUUGUGAAACAAAAUGGCUAAAGAAGAAAAUAAUUUUAUCAACAAAGGGAAUGAAGAUGAGCUGGAGAUUUAUGGUUAUAAACAAUGUCUUUGGAAGCUGGUUCUGGUUGCAAUUGGUGUUAUCUGCACUGGUGGUUUCCUUCUCCUGCUACUUUACUGGAUGCCUGAAUGGAGCGUGAAGGCAACGUGCACCCAAACAUCUCUCAAAGAGGCUGAAAUUGUGCUAUUGAGGACUACAGAUGAAUUUAAGACAUGGUUUCGGGCGAAGGUUUACAAAUUCCUUUCUCCUGGGAUAGAUCCAAUGGAGAAUUUGGAACCGCGACUUUGUAAAUCUAUGGAAAAUGGACAUGGAAACCACACAGCUGAGCAUUCUGUCGACCGCAGCAAAAUGCUGCUGCUAGGAAAAAUACCAGAGACUGAAGCAGUGCUGGUUCGCUAUUUUGUACAUCACAGUAUAACGUACUUCUGGAGCAACUUAUUACAAAACUUUAAAGACUUAAAGGGACUGUCUGAGGGUAUUUCAUGGUCUGCUAUUCAUGGCCGGCACAGUAAAGGACUGAGUAAAGAACUGGAGGAAUAUCGAAAGAUGUUCUUUGGUGUGAAUGAAAUUGAAGUCAAAGUGCCUUCUAUAUUUAAACUCUUAAUUAAAGAGGUGCUUAAUCCUUUCUACAUAUUUCAACUCUUCAGUGUUAUUCUUUGGACUUUUAAUGGCUAUUAUUAUUAUGGUGUGGUAAUUGUCAUCAUGUCACUUAUAUCAAUAGUGACCUCCCUGCAUACUGUCAGAAAGCAAUACGUUAUGUUGCAUGACAUGGUAGCAGCUCAUAGCAUUAUCAGAGUUUCAGUGUGCAGAGCAAACAGCGAAAUAGAGGAAACUUUGUCUACAGAUCUGGUGCCUGGUGACAUAGUCAUUCCAACUAAUGGGACCAUAAUGCCUUGUGAUUCAGUGCUGCUCAGUGGUACUUGCAUUGUUAAUGAAAGCUUGUUAACAGGUGAAAGUGUUCCUGUAAUGAAAGUCAAUUUACCAAAUCCAGUUAAAAGUUCCAAAGGCCUAGAGGAAGAUGAAAUCUACAAUCCAGAAAAGCACAAACGGCACACACUCUUCUGUGGUAGUACUGUAAUCCAGACACGAUUUUAUACUGGGGAACUUGUCAAAGCUGUUGUAGUUAGAACAGGCUUUGGUACUACAAAAGGGCAACUUGUGCGCUCAAUCUUGUAUCCAAAACCAACAGAUUUUAAACUGUACAGAGAUGCAUACCUCUUCCUACUCUGCCUUGUUGGUGUAGCAGCGAUUGGAUUUUUAUACACAAUUAUCAACAGUGUUUUAAAUGGGGUCGGAGUUGGCAAAAUCAUUAUUGAGUCACUUGAUAUCAUCACAAUUACUGUUCCACCUGCUCUUCCAGCAGCACUGACUGCUGGGAUUGUGUUCGCACAACGAAGAUUGAAGAAAUUAGGCAUUUCCUGUAUCAGUCCUCAGAGAAUAAAUAUCUGUGGACAACUUAAUUUGAUUUGUUUCGACAAGACUGGAACGCUUACUGAAGAAGGCCUGGAUAUUUGGGGAAUUCAAAGAGUGGAAGAUAAUAGUUUUUUGCCGUCAGAGCAAAGCAUUUGUAAGGAGAGUUUGGUGAAGUCACGGUUUAUGGCUUGCAUGGCAACUUGCCACACACUUACUAAAAUUGAUGGGAAAUUAUCUGGUGAUCCGUUGGAUUUAAAGAUGUUUGAAGAAACUGGUUGGGUUCUUGAGGAAGCAACUGAAGAAGAGACUGCUUUACAUAAUCAAAUCAUGCCCACUGUAGUUCGACCUUCGAAACAGCUUCUCCUUGAGCACGAGACAGUGAUGGAUCAUGAAUUGGAAAUGUAUGAUCUUCCAGCAUCAUAUGAAAUAGGUAUUGUAAGGCAGUUUCCAUUUUCUUCUGGUUUGCAACGAAUGAGUGUCAUAGUCAGAGUGCUGGGUGAAAAACAUAUGGAUGUUUACUUAAAAGGUGCACCUGAGAUGGUUGCUAACUUAUGCAAGGCAGAGACAGUUCCCAAAAGUUUUUCUGAAGUAUUGAAGAUUUAUACAAACCAAGGUUUCAGAGUCAUAGCACUUGCCCAUAGGAAAUUAGGAUCUAAACUAACUUGGCACAAAGUGCAGAAUGUCAGCAGGGAUGUCAUUGAAAGCAACAUGGAAUUCAUGGGGUUUAUUAUUAUGCAAAACAAGCUAAAGCCUGACUCGUCUAAUGUCCUUGGAGAACUCAGAAAAGCUAAUAUUCGCACAGUUAUGGUUACAGGGGAUAAUAUGUUAACAGCUGUUUCUGUAGCCAGAGACUCUGGAAUGAUUUUGCCUCAGGAUAAAGUGAUUAUUGCAGAAGCUCUACCUCCAAAAGAUGGGCAGGCUGCAAAAAUACAUUGGCUGUAUGCUGAUAAUGCUACAAGACAUCUUGAUAUAUCUAGUGCAGAGGUUAUCAAUAUUAAAGUAGAAAAUGAGGGCUCUGGAGAUGGUCUCCAUCAGAUGAACCACUACCACUUUGCAAUGGAUGGCAAAUCCUUUUCUGUUAUAACCGAACAUUUUCAGGAUCUGCUUUCAAAAUUGGUACUAAAUGGCACGGUAUUUGCUCGCAUGGCUCCUGAUCAAAAAACACAGCUGGUAGAAGCAUUUCAAAAUGUAGACUAUUACGUGGGAAUGUGUGGAGAUGGUGCCAAUGACUGUGGUGCACUAAAACAAGCACACGGUGGCAUCUCAUUGUCUGAAUUGGAAGCUUCUGUAGCAUCGCCAUUCACAUCAAAGACUCCAAAUAUUGCAUGUGUACCAAACCUCAUCAGGGAAGGACGUGCUGCUUUGAUGACAUCAUUCUGUGUAUUCAAGUUCAUGGCGUUGUACAGUAUAAUCCAGUAUCUGAGUGUUACCUUACUAUAUUCUAUGCUUAGUAAUCUUGGAGAUUUCCAGUUUCUUUUUAUCGACUUGGCUAUCAUCCAGUUCAUUGUCUUCACAAUGAGUUUGAAUGCUGCAUGGAAAGAGCUUGAUCCACAGAAACCACCAUCUGGCCUAAUCUCUGCUUCACUGAUAUUUUCGGUGAUGUCCCAGAUUUUUAUCAGUGCUGUGUUCCAGAUAACAGGAUUUCUUAUGGUGAAGCAGCAAACCUGGUAUGAAAUAUGGACACCAAAUUCAGAUGCUUGCAAUUCAUCAAAACUGAACUUAACACUGGAGCACGAUAAUACAUAUCCUCAUGAUGAGAAGAAUAUUAAGAGCUAUGAAAAUAUUACUGUGUUUUUCAUUUCGUGUUUUCAAUACCUCAUUGUGGCCAUUGUCUUUUCUAAAGGAAAGCCAUUUCGACAACCUAGUUAUAAAAACUAUCCUUUCGUGGUCACAGUGAUACUUCUUCACACUUUUAUAUUUUUCAUAAUGAUGCUUCCAGUUGAGGUGAUUGAUCAGGCUCUUCAGCUGGUUUGUGUUCCUUAUAAUUGGCGGCUUAUGAUGCUCAUUUUAAUACUAGUAAAUGCAGUUGUCUCUUUUGUAACUGAGACUAUCCUACUUGACUUGAUCCUAUGGAAACUUGUAUUCAAGAGGCAGGAACUUGGAAUUAAUCACUUCACAGCCACUUACAAACAGGAAGUCCUUGACCGAAAAAGCAAGAGGUGCUUAUCAUUUGUCUUCUGCUCUGAUAAACGAAAACCAAAGGCCAAGUAUAUGCAUCUAGCCCAGGAGUUAUUGGUUGAUCCUGAUUGGCCUCCAAAGCCUAAAACAACCACAGAAGCAAAAAAGAAACCCGAUGAGAACAGUGCAUGCCAAAUAAUUACAAUAGUUGAACAGAAAAUACUUUGA